UGUGAGUGUAUGUGUGUAUAGGACACAGUCUACCACCUCAUGUGAACCUGUGUACAGACGAUGAUCAUCACUGGAUUUUGUGCAAAUAUUUGAAUAUUUGAAUAAUCAAGUGGAUUUAUUGGUUAAAUGAUAAAUUUCAAUAUUAAAUAUUUGAUAUUGGCCUUUAAAUAUCUGCGGCUAAGAAACUUGUUCAGCGCUAGAUAAAUUCAGUGGAGUGUAACCAACAUUUUGAAAGCGAUUGCAAUCAAGCAAGAUAAAGUUGGAUCACAGUUGAAUGUCCUUGACUCUCAUUACUGUUUGCUUGUGGAUGAGUCAAGGUGUGUUGGAUUUUAAUAAACCUGCAGAGACUUGGAUUAAUGUUAAAACUUAAUAUUGUAAAGGAGUAACUUGUCCUACGAUUACAAGAUUACAAUCAACAGGUUCCAGCUUUCGAUUUUAAACAGGGGUGUGGUAGUGUGGUGUGAGGGCGUGCCAGCAUGAGUGGGGCGCCACAGGUGAAUGGGCCCUCCAGCCCCACCGGGAAAUACAUAGACACAAUAGAUCCUGAUGAUGAAGAGUACCAGAAGAACUUACGCCGGCCGGCGGAGGUGAAAGAGGACAUAAAACAGAUGUCAGACCGUUCGCGCGUCUCGCUGAUCCUCAACAGCGAGGCAUUUCGCCGGGAACUCGAGGAGAUUGUGGACGAGCAACUUCGCCAAGGCAAUGCGCCGGCCAGCCUGCUCGCCCUCCAGCAGAUCUCCAACUUGCUCCUGCCAAACCACAAGUUCUCUCACGGCUCUAUGCUGGGGGCAGGAGCGCCCCCAGUGAUUCCUGUGGCAGACAUAAAGGGCACGGAGGCCAUGUCGUACACAAAACAAGAGAAAGCACUGAGGUGCAAGCUGGCCUCCUGCUACAGACUUGUGGACAUCAAUGGCUGGUCACACAGCAUUUAUAACCAUAUAACGGCCCGUGUCAGUCAAGACCACGAGCACUUUCUAAUCAACCCGUUCGGCAUGAACUACUCAGAGAUCACUGCUUCUUCGCUAGUAAAAGUGGACUUGCAGGGGAAAGUGCUUGAUGAGGGCACAACCAUGCUGGGCAUAAACCGGGCUGGCUUUAAUCUUCAUUCAGCCAUACACCAGUUUCGGCCAGACAUUAAAUGCAUCAUCCAUCUACACAAGCCAUCUGUAGUCGCGGUAUCGAGUAUGACGUGUGGAUUCCUGCCUCUGUCCCAAGAGGCCCUGAUCUGUGGUGACAUCAGUUACCAUGACUACAAUGGCAUCCUUGUGGAUGAGUCAGAACGCGAGAAGCUCCAGAGAAACCUAGGACCAAUUAACAAAGUGAUGAUCUUACGUAACCAUGGUAUUGUGGCAUGCGGCUCAACCAUUGAAGAGGCCUACCACUUUGCCUUCAACGUAGUGGCAGCCUGCAACUCACAGAUCCAAGCCAUGCCCGCAGGUGUAGAGAAUCUGAUAAAGGUGAGCGAUGAUAUUCGCAAGAAGACGUUCGAGAUGGCCAACAGGGGCGGUGGCGGGGUGGAUUCCUCCGACAGGAAGUGGAAGAUUGGGCAGCUGGAGUUUGAGGCUCAAAUGAGGGUCAUGGAUAACGCUGGUUACAGAACAGGCUACAACUACAAGCAGCCUAACCUGAAGCGUGAGACGCGAAGAGAGAAGUCGAAUGCAGACGUGGAAGUACCCCCCUCCUCUAGUUCAUUUACAUACGUGUUUGAUGGCGAUGUGGAACAUUCGAAAUACAUGUCCCCAAUAAAGGCAGCCAUGGAGCGCCAGAAGCAACAGCACAAGGUGGGCUGGCUCAACUCCCCAAACGUCUAUAUCAGACAGGAGGUCGAUGAGACUGGCACUCAGAACCCAAAGAAAUACAGCAAGUGGGUUCCAGAUGGUGACCCCAACUCGCCCAAGAGAAGCACCCCCAUUAAGGUGGACCAUCCCAACCAGUUUGCACCACAGGGCUCCGACCCCAGGGAGUUCAAGCAGAAACAGAAACAGAUCCGUAAGGACUACUAUGACGAGAGGAUCUCUGCCGGGCCCCAGUCCAAGAUCCUGGAGGGCAUGACCUGGGAGGAGGCAGAGAAAAUGAAGCAAAUGGAACAGAACGGAUACGAUGGCAGCCUCAGUGCCACUGGCGAUAGCGUGAUCGUAAUAGGGGCCGCCUCAAGGGGCAUAAUUCAGCGGGAUCAGCAACACAAUGUGCAGGUGUACAAGUCCCAGUAUGCGGCCAAUCCGUUCGAGACAAUGUCAGCAGAGGAGAUUGAGCGCUACAAAUGGGAGGUUGAACACCGUGGGGCACAGGACGGUCUGGCUACUGUGGAGGAGGAACAACUGGAACCUGGUCCUGAAGGAAAGCUGAUCUCCACAGAGGAGAGACUGGAACGAGUGCAACACAGGGGAGAGGAGUCCCACCCGGCUGCUGAUGUCAGUGAUGAUGGCCGCAGUGACGGACACAGGGUGAACGCAACCCCAGUGGAGCCUGUUGUUGUUGCUACGGUAACGACGAGUCUCAAUUCCGAGGCUUCCUUCCGGGUAUCAACUGGUAGCGGCGCGUCUGGGUCUAGUGUACCCGAAAGCCCCGGGUCUGGAGCUGUGCGGAGAGUGAAACACACAUCCAAGUCAUCAUUGUCCAAACAGAACAGAAAUUCACGAGAAACCAAUGUUGAUGACAUUCUUGGAAAACCAGAAAUAAGAAAGUCUCGAGAAACUAAUUUAGACGACAUUAUUGCCGAACAACAAUUAGGUGGCAGCAUCAGCAUUGAUGAUUUGGUUCCAAAUCACAAAACUGCUGGAGUGACCUUUGAGGAUAUAGUUGAGGAUUCACAAGCGUUCAUUAGUAACAAAUACUAUGCCCAGCCUGUUUCACCGGUCACACCCACCUCUAACUUCCAACGGUCAGAGUCCGCCAGAUACCCGCCUAAAUCCCCUCAACUGAUUGAAGAAUUGAAAGCCAAGAACUUUGAUCGCUCAAAAUCCGAACGCAAAGCUAAGAAUAAGGGAAAGAAAGAGAAGGCAGUAAAUGGUGAUGAUGACCAGAUGCGGUCUCCGGCCAAGUCAGACACGCUCCGCUCCACGGACAGCGCCAGCGGCGGUGAGACACUGGAGGAGUCAGGACGCAGCAGCAAAGAGGGAUCCCCCACCAAGGAGCAUCCAUCACCGACAAAGGAGAAGAAAAAGAAGAAGAAAUUUAGAAUGCCAUCGUUCUCGAAAAACAAGAAAAAUAAGGAAGGCAAAGAAAGUUCAAUUUGAAAGCACAUGUAUUAGUUCAAUGCAUAAUGCAGACAUCUUAUUGUCGUGAUAGUUUUUUUUUAAAUAUUUGUAUUCAAUAUGUAUACCUUAUCUUGCAUGUGAUUGGACAGUCCAGCUGAGGUAAUGGUCACAUGAUUAAAAUGCUGAUUUCUGAUUGGUUUACAAAACAGCAGCAGCUUACUGCUGUGGUUGAAUGAAUUUACCAAUAUUUUUCAAAAAAGAUUUUUCUAUUUAUUUUACAAAAGUAAUUGAAAUAACACAUUUAUUAGAAAACCAGCUUUGUGUACAUCCAUUAAAAUGUGUUCUUAAAUAUUUCCCUUCAAAGUUGCAAUAAUCUGUCGUUCAAACUGAAAGGUUGACCUGUGUGUGAAGCUGUUUGUCCGAAGCACUCUUCCUGUGCAUUAAAAUUGCAAGACCUUGUAUGGUAUAUUGUAGCCUCAGCCUUAUAGGAUUUCAUAUUAAACAUUUGUUACCUGGCUUGCCCUUACAAUGUUUAUGAUCAGUUUCAGAUUUUCAGAUGAAAGACAAGUGGUACUUAAAGCAUGAGCUUUGAAUAUAAUUAUUGCUUUCAGUAAUUUGAAAUGAAAAAUGUAAAAACAUCUGGUUUGCUGUGUUACUAUUCAAGAAUUGCAUGCUGGUGACUUACGAAGUUUUCAAAGCAGAGAUGCUUAUCUACGAAAAUUGUGUUGUUAAGAAACUUUGUGGAAGUUAACAACCAAGGUAACACCAAAUCAUGCACUUGAUGUCAUUUGUUUUUUUAAGCAGAAUCUAAAUGAUCUAAAAUAUUGAUGCAUCAUUUCAUCAUGUACAUUCAUUUUACUCAUUUCUGAUUUUUAUACGCCCGUAUAAAAUACGGGACGUAUUAUGUGAAACCCCUUGGCGGCGGGCGGGCGGGCGGCGGGCGGGCGGGCGGCGGGCGGCGGGCGGCGGGCGGAAGGCAUCACUUUGUCCGGACUCUAAUUCAAAUUGUAUUCAUCCGAUCUUCACCAAACUUGGUCAGCAGUUGCAUCUAGUUGAUAUCUAGGCCAAGUUCGAAUAUGGGUCAUGCCGGGUCAAAAACUAGGUCAUAGGGUCAAUAAGUGCAUUUUCAAAGGGGCCACUUUGUCCGGACUCUAUUUCAAAUUGUAUUCAUCCGAUCUUCACCAAACUUGGUCAGCAGUUGUAUCUAGUUGAUAUCUAGGCCAAGUUCGAAUAUGGGUCAUGCCGGGUCAAAAACUAGGUCAUAGGGUCAAUAAGUGCAUUUUCAAAGGGGCCACUUUGUCCGGACUCUAUUUCAAAUUGUAUUCAUCCGAUCUUCACCAAACUUGGUCAGCAGUUGCAUCUAGUUGAUAUAUAGGCCAAGUUCGAAUAUGGGUCAUGCCGGGUCAAAAACUAGGUCAUAGGGUCAAUUAGUGCAUUUUCAACGGCGCCACUUUGUCCGGACUCUAAUUCAAAUUGUAUUCAUCCGAUCUUCACCAAAUUUGGUCAGAAGUUGUGUCUAGAUGAUAUGUAGGUCAAGUUCAAAUAUGGGUCAUGCCGGGUCAAAAACUAGGUCACGAGGUUACUUAGUGCAUUUCAAGCAUUUAGCAUGGUGUCCGCUCUCUAAUUGAAGUAGUUUUCAUCUGAUCUUCACCUAAUUUGGUCAGAAGUUGUGUCUAGAUGAUAUGUAGGUCAAGUUCGAACAUGGGUCAUGCCGGGUCAAAAAAGAGGUCACAUAGUGCAUUUCAAGCAUUAAGCAUGUUGUCCGCUCUUUAAUUGAAGUAGUUUUCAUCUGAUCUUCACCAAAUUUAGUCAGAUGUUACAUCUAAGUGAUAUCUAGGUCAAGUUCAAAUAUGGGUCAUGCCGGGUCAAUAACUAGGUCUUGAGGACACUUUCAAGCAUUGAGCAUGGUGUCCAAAACCUUCGAACGGGCGUAUCUUGUGACAGUUUGGCACUCUUGUUACUCAUUUUAAUUGUUCACCUGGUUUUUAUUGCUGCUCUUCCAUGUAUUUAUUUCACUAGCUUGUAGUCUUUAGAAAAUGGAAUAUUUAGCUCCGGGUCCUGCUGAUGAAUGCGGGAUGGUAUUCUUAUAAUGGUGCCUGGGACUUCUAGAAAGCUUAUGCAAUAAUACAUUAUUCAGCACAGAUACUACCGGUAGUUUGUACAACUGUCCAAACCAUUUCUUGUCCUGCUUGUAUUCAACUUUGUUUGUUUUGUUGCACUUCAACGGUGAACAGAUGUUACAUUGCUUUUUGUUCAUGUUAAAUGAUGCUUUGUAUUUUGAUGAAUUAUUGAAAGAAAAGAACAGUGUCAUAUAUCAGGCUUUGUUGCAUUUAUUAGAAAGAUAUUGACCUGAUAUUGGAAUAAGCUUGCAUUUGUUUACAUUCUAUGAACUAUAAGAAAAAAGCCCAAUGCCAAUAAAAUGAAUUAUAAUUUGAAUGCUUAAAAAACUUUUUGCCAAUUUGUUUGGUUAACUCUCCACAUAAAAAUAAAGAGAUGAAGCAUAAACACAAUAUUUCAAAUGUGUCCAGUUAUUUGUCUAUGAAUGUUUCAUGAUAUACUUGUCGACCAGACUGGUUCCAAGUCACUAAAUGUUCUUUUUUUAGGGAAAUGUGCAAAAUGAUAUAUACUUUCUGCUUUGUGUGAACAUGUAUGCAAAAAUGCUUAAUUUGGUGAAUUUGCCAUUGUUCUUGCAUUAAUUAAUACUGAACUUAAAAAGACAUUUUUAAAGUAUGACUGUCAUUCAGAAAUGAAGUUGUAAUUUCGGAGCUCAUAAUAACCUCUCCAAUUUUGAUCCUGAAUACGAAAAAACUCAACUGUUCCUAUUUGAAACAUUAGUAAUAUUCAUCUUAUUAACUUUAUUCUUAGGAUGGUCAAUUUCAAACUUGUCUAUGAAAAUAAUUGUUUUUGUCAUUGCUAAUAUUAUGGAAUCAUGUAUUGCAUAAAAUGCUUUCUUGUUUUGUGUUUGUUUCUUUAAGAAACGGAAACAGAACUGUUGCAAGAUUCCAUUAGUCAAAACAUGCAAGUGUAGGAUCUUUGGAAUUUUUGUUUUGUUCCUUUCGUCUUACACCUUCAAAGAUCUGGGCUUUUAUAUUAAUGCAGAAUUGACAGUGUUUUUCUCCUGUGUAAAUGUGAGUGUUGUGUGUCACUCUCUGAAGUAUUCACUUGUGUUUGUGAGAGAAAAUGCUUUCGAGAAAUUGUGAACAAUUAAAAGUACCGCCUGUGUAAUGCCUUUUUUAAUGUGUACACAAAUAUAAUAUUCAUGUUUCAAGUACAUUUUCGUCAUAGUGUCUAGGUAUUGUACAUUUAUAGUGUCUAUCUUCGCAUUGUCUUAUUUUUGUGUAUAAUUCUUUUUUAUUUUUAAUGGGAUUUGGGGUUCCUUGUGAACACUUUGGAAACUAUAUGGGCAUCAUCUGUACAGUUUGUAAGUGUAGUGGACCCACUAUUUGGGAGAACAGUUGACAUGAUACUGUACUUUCAAUAUUUAAGGCGUUCUUUAUAUCUCUCUCAAAGACACCAAGUUAUAGGCCCAGGAAAUGGACUCGAGAGCAUUUAACCUUUAAAUAAAUGCAAUCAAGCUAAAAUAAAUAGGUUUCAGCUAACUUAAUAUAUAAUGCAUUGAGUUUCAAUACUUAGACAAUGAACCAAAAUGCUCAAUAUUGAUGGUCAUGAAAAUGAACGUUUGAAAUUAAAUUGUUGAAUUACAUUAUUUUAACCAUGCAAUAUUAAGCCCUUACAUUUAUAUGUUUUUUCUUGAUUAAAAUGUUAAAUUAAUAUGAUGUUGCUAUGAUUAUAUUUGCCACAUUUUUUCUGUCCCGAUUGAAAGUCAUAAUGGAAUCUGUCGGUGUUGAAUGUUUUCCCCUUUUUAUAGCAUUGUUCGUGUUAAUUAAUUGAAUGUAUCUUGCCGUAUGAAUCAUAAGGGUUCCAAGUUUUUUUUGUCAUAUAAUUUUAAGUAGUCAAAAUAUUUAAUAAUUGAUAUUGAAAAUAAAGUGUAACAUACAUAUUAAUAUGUAACGAUAAUUUGUCAUAAUCUACAUAGGCAGUACGUAUAUAUCAAUAUUAUGCAGUAUAUCGUGUAUUUGGGAUACCCAAACAGAUAUUGAAUAUAUGGUCGAUACUAUGAUUAUGGUCAUUAUAGUUUUAUUACUUUAACUUUAUUAUAAUAAAACUAUGUCAAUAUUGUAUAUGAAUGUAGAAGUGCAUCUUAUUAUAAUUUUUGAGUCUCAAUGUAGUAGUAUGUAUAGUAUCCAAUUAUUGCUUAAGAUUUGUAUGUCAUUUAUGUUGAGUAGAUUGUACAUGUAUUCAAUUAAACUGGCAACAGGUAUAGUCUUUGUAUCAAUAAGAUAUUGUUUCAAACAAAACUUUCACUUACUCUUCUUUUUGUGUUCUAUAAUGUAUAAGUAAAGAAAGCAGAGAUGCUUCGUUCCUCAACUUAUUGAUUCAAAUACCCUUACCAAGAAAUGCUUUUUUAAGGGCCAAAUGAAAAACAAAUCAACAAAUUUAGAACUACAAUAAAAUCUGCAAUCAAAUAAAAUCUUUAAUAAAUUGGAAAUAUGUAUUGUCUUGUUUUGGAGAACAUGCUGCAGUCUACAUGUCUGUUAACAAUAUUGUGUCACAUGUAUUCCAGCUAGUCUAGAUAAGGAUUAAGGCAGAUUGAUCAUUCUCUUUGUUGUACAUUUUGCUCUGUUUCUUCUGUGUUUUCUGUGUUUACAAGCCAUACAUACAUUUCUCUAAGCUUCUAGUGAGCCACUUUGUAAAUGCGGUGUCCAAUAAAACAACAAAUUCUCAACAUA